AUGGAUCAGCCAACACAUAUCAUCGACGAGGAUGGCGAAGUGACGAUAAUCCUCCGCAAUGCAAAUGCCCCCUUUGCAUAUACGAGUAUGGAUGACAACAUACAGCUCGAGAAGCUCCCUGAAACUCUCCAUGAGAUUGGUGAGUAUGUGCCAAAACGUACCGAGCAGGUUAACAAACCUUGCGACCAUUCUACCAAAAUGGUGACUUCUAAAAAGGACAAGAAACCGAAAAGACUUACCAAGCCUACCAACUUGGAACCUAUUGAUGAGCAUGGCGACGGCGAGUCUGCCGGCCAGGAGACUGGGGAUGAAGAUCCGAUGGAACCCGAUUUCCGUAUCCAGGUAUCUGCGAAGCAUUUAACGGUUGCCUCCCCGGUUUUCAAGAGCAUACUCACUGGCCCUUGGAAAGAGAGUGCGACUUAUCUGCAAAAGGGCACUGUCGAAAUCCUUGCAGAGGGCUGGGAUAUUGAGGCCUUCUUAAUCCUGCUCAGAGUUAUACAUUGCCAAUUCAAUCAGGUACCCCGAAAACUGACUCUUGACAUGCUCGCCAAAGUCGCCAUCAUAGUAGAUUACUAUCAAUGCAAGGAAGCCGUGCGAUUCUUUUCAGAUACCUGGAUCGACAGCCUCGAAGAAAAGAUUCCCAGGGGCUAUUCUCGGGACUUGAUUUUGUGGUUAUGGAUAGCCUGGUUUUUUCAACUGGAGGACCAGUUUGGAAUGGCCACUCUGCGUGCCAUCACGUACAGUAACGGCGGGAUCAUGAAUCUUGGACUCCCUAUUCCUGAACGAGUCAUCCAUUCAAUAAACGCGGGCAGAGAGGAGUCUAUCAACGACGUGAUCUCACUGCUUAAUGAUACCCACGCGGCCCUCUCAAGUGGCACUCGAGGCUGUAGCUUUGAGUGUAGCUCCAUCAUGUGCGGCGCUCUCGCAAUGCAAAUGACGUCAAACUAUUUACUGUCCCCGAAGCCCUUGCCUCCUUUCCCAGGUAUAAACUACCACCAGCUAGUGCGAACGGUACAGUCAUUUAAAUCACCAGAGUGGUAUGGUACGCCCUCGUCUUCGCACAGUUCAAGCGUUCAUGUCGGAGACAUCCAUGAAUGCAACGAUUCCGCUUUUAAACGCCUUUUUGGCGAGUUGUGUGAUACUGCCAAAUGCCUUGGUCUGACCCGAUUCAUUGCCAAAUAA